GUGGCUUUGGGUCCUAAGGAUACUGGAUCGUGGUUGCAUCUGGAAACCAAGAAGGAUCAAUCGACACGAUUUGGAAGUGUCCGUGGGUGAAUAAAAAAAAAAAGGGGGGGGGGUGUAAAACUGGGGUUGCGGCUGCUUAAAGAAAAAAAAAAAGCAUCUUGAAGCCUUGAACAAGAAUUAUCGGGUAUUGGAGAUUGCAAAAAAGCGUCUAGAAACUGGUAAAUACUUUGACGAUUUCAGCUUGAAUUUGAAGGCGAAGUGUAGAAAACUGUCUCCUUGAAUUGUUGGAAGGGGACCGGGGAAAGAUGAGGGGGCUCCCUCGGUGGAUUUAUCUUACAGAGGGAUAUAGACCCACACUAACUGGAUCUAAUUUAUAAAAGAGAAAUCUACAGUCAGUGGCCACUCCUGCCAUGAUGCUACUAUGGAAAACAGAAUGGUCAAUAGGAUAUGGUCUGAUAAAUAGUGAUGACUGAAGAUGCUGCUUCAAUACAUGUGAAAUCAAUGGGAGAUACUUGCUGCAUGAAGAGCUCUCUGAGCUUUUCUUGAUAAACUCACCUUUAAGAAAUUGGAGCAUAUUCUAUCAUCAAGUGGAUACAAAUACAUUUGCCUCACUGUAACCAGACAAGUAGACAACUAAUGUGGGAACAUGGCACUGCCCAGAUGCAUGAGGUCAAAUUAUGUUUGGAAACCAGUAAUGGCAUGUUUGGCACACAGGGGAUUGGGUGCCUCGUUGACUCUCUGUAUAUUGGGAUGUGUGCUUCAGGCUACCCAUGUGCUGUCACAAAAAUUGGAUGAUGUGGAUCCAUUGGUGACUACCAACUUUGGCAAGAUAAGAGGAAUUAAGAAAGAGCUCAACAAUGAAAUUUUGGGGCCUGUUAUUCAAUUUCUUGGAGUUCCAUAUGCAGCCCCACCAACGGGAGAGCAUCGUUUUCAGCCUCCAGAGCCGCCAUCUCCCUGGUCAGAUAUCAGAAAUGCUACUCAGUUUGCUCCUGUAUGUCCCCAGAAUAUCAUUGAUGGCAGAUUGCCAGAAGUCAUGCUUCCGGUGUGGUUUACUAAUAACUUGGAUGUGGUUUCUUCCUAUGUACAAGACCAGAGUGAAGACUGCCUAUAUUUAAACAUAUAUGUUCCAACUGAGGAUGAUAUUCGGGACAGUGGGGGUCCUAAGCCAGUGAUGGUGUAUAUCCAUGGUGGCUCAUAUAUGGAAGGUACUGGAAAUUUAUAUGAUGGGAGUGUCUUGGCAAGUUAUGGCAAUGUGAUCGUCAUCACAGUCAACUAUCGACUGGGGGUUCUUGGUUUCUUAAGUACAGGGGAUCAGGCUGCAAAAGGAAACUAUGGACUCUUGGAUCUCAUACAGGCUUUAAGAUGGACUAGUGAGAACAUUGGAUUCUUUGGUGGUGACCCCUUAAGAAUCACUGUUUUUGGAUCUGGCGCUGGGGGCUCAUGUGUUAAUCUGCUGACUUUAUCCCAUUAUUCUGAAGGUAACCGUUGGAGCAAUUCAACCAAAGGACUUUUUCAACGAGCAAUAGCUCAAAGUGGAACAGCCCUUUCCAGCUGGGCUGUUAGUUUUCAACCUGCAAAAUAUGCUAGAAUGUUGGCGACAAAAGUUGGUUGCAAUGUUUCAGAUACAGUAGAGUUAGUGGAAUGCCUACAGAAGAAGUCUUAUAAAGAACUUGUUGACCAAGAUAUUCAACCAGCACGAUACCAUAUAGCCUUUGGACCCGUGAUUGAUGGUGAUGUAAUACCAGAUGAUCCCCAGAUAUUGAUGGAACAAGGAGAGUUCCUCAACUAUGAUAUAAUGUUAGGAGUUAACCAAGGGGAAGGGUUAAAAUUUGUUGAAAAUAUAGUAGAUAGUGAUGAUGGUAUAUCAGCUAGUGAUUUUGACUUUGCUGUUUCCAAUUUUGUUGAUAAUUUAUAUGGAUAUCCUGAAGGCAAAGAUGUUUUGAGAGAAACCAUUAAAUUCAUGUAUACUGACUGGGCUGACCGUCACAACCCUGAAACCAGAAGGAAGACUUUAUUGGCUUUGUUUACGGACCACCAGUGGGUAGCACCUGCUGUAGCUACAGCAGAUCUUCACUCAAACUUUGGUUCUCCUACAUACUUCUAUGCCUUUUACCAUCAUUGCCAAACAGAUCAGGUUCCAGCUUGGGCAGAUGCAGCCCAUGGAGACGAGGUUCCCUAUGUGUUGGGAAUCCCUAUGAUUGGGCCUACAGAGUUGUUUCCUUGCAAUUUCUCCAAAAAUGAUGUGAUGCUGAGUGCAGUAGUAAUGACAUACUGGACCAAUUUUGCUAAAACUGGUGACCCAAAUCAACCAGUCCCUCAAGAUACAAAAUUCAUCCAUACCAAGCCCAACCGCUUUGAGGAAGUAGCAUGGACCAGAUAUUCCCAGAAAGACCAACUUUAUCUCCAUAUUGGAUUAAAACCAAGAGUUAAAGAACAUUACAGAGCCCAUAAGGUCAACCUCUGGUUGGAGCUGGUACCUCAUCUGCAUAAUCUCAAUGACAUUUCUCAGUAUACCUCGACAACAACUAAAGUGCCAUCAACUGACAUCACUUUCAGACCAACAAGAAAAAAUUCUGUACCUGUCACAUCAGCCUUUCCCACAGCCAAGCAGGAUGAUCCUAAACAACAACCAAGUCCAUUUUCAGUAGAUCAAAGGGACUACUCAACAGAGCUGAGCGUCACUAUUGCAGUUGGAGCAUCACUGCUGUUUCUGAACAUCUUGGCUUUUGCAGCCCUUUACUACAAAAAGGAUAAAAGGAGACAUGAUGUUCACAGGCGAUGCAGCCCUCAGCGCACUACUACCAAUGAUCUGACCCAUGCACAAGAAGAGGAGAUCAUGUCCCUCCAAAUGAAGCACACUGAUUUGGAUCAUGAAUGUGAGUCCAUCCAUCCACAUGAGGUGGUUCUUCGGACCGCCUGCCCCCCAGAUUACACACUAGCAAUGAGGAGGUCACCUGAUGAUGUUCCCUUAAUGACACCCAACACUAUUACAAUGAUUCCAAACACAAUACCAGGGAUUCAGCCCUUACACACAUUCAACACUUUUACUGGAGGACAGAACAAUACUCUGCCCCACCCCCACCCUCACCCCCAUUCACAUUCAACAACAAGGGUAUAGCCAGAUAAGAGAAACAAACUAUUUUUUUUUGAUGGAUUGCAGUAUAUGAUUACUGAAGAUUCCUUGGCUUUCAACCUACAAGACUCUUAAUAUUUAAAUAAGGAGAAAUAUUAUGUGAAUAUACAUAUCAAGGAUUUUUGGGGGUUUUCAAAAUAUAAAAUGUACAUAUAUACACAAAUCAACUUUAAAAAUGGAUUUCAAUUGCUAAAAGCAAUUGUUCUGAAUGAUACUUUUUCAUUCACAUUCAAGAAUUAAUUUUUGGAAGAUUUAAGUUACAUAAUGGAAUUAGGCAUGUGGAACACCAAACAGGAAAGAACUAUGUCUGAAAUAUAAAAAAAAUAAAAUUAAAAACAACAACAACAACUAUGAAUAUGCACAAGGGACACACCAAUGGAAUGUCAGAUAAUUUUCACCCAUUUUUAUUUGAAGCUGUUUUAUUGUGUAGACCAUAUUUACAUAUUUGGAUAAGUACACAAAGCACCAAUGCUGUUAAUGGCCUUAGCAGAGGCUCAUGCUGAAAUUUGCCAGUAAAACAAAGGAGUUUAAAGACUGGCAGGUACAACAUUAUCACAUAAGUGCUGUCAGUAUAAAAUUGUGGGGAUAAAGGAAACUGGAUAUUUUUAGCACGAUGUGCAUGAUAAUUUAUAUGCUUGGUGGCUGUGCUUCUGAUUAAGCUGUAAUUAAAAUUCUUCUCAUCCCAUUGGAGUUUUUAAUAGAAGCUUCCUCCAUCAAUUGGCAGAACCUAAAGAAGAUAUUAAGGGGCAAAAGUAAUUACAAUAAAAUAAUUCAUAGUAGUUUCAAUAAUAGAAGGAAUUAGUUAUUAAAGGUAUUUGAAGAAACUGUAGGUGUAGUGGAAAAUACUGAUAUGAACACCAGAAAAAAAUCUGUGUUUUUAAUGUUCUUUUCAUUUCCAUCUAAAUAAUUUAUAGAGAUAUUACCCUAAUUGGACAUGUACUACAGGAUCUAUAAUUUGCUGUGGUUUUGUUACUUUGUAGUUUUGUUCCUUUGGGAAGGUAAAGUGUGUCCAAAGAGUUAAUUUUAUGAUAUGAGGAUGCCCCAAUACUACCACUCUGAUUGCAGAUCUCAGUUAAUUGAUUUACUCAUGUUGCAUGACAAAAUGUUUACUACUAAUAAUUCAAUAUAAAGUUAUGUCCCCCGCUCACAUCACUUAACUUUCUCACUGAGGCUCAUUCACUGGAAUUUACUCACGUAAUCUCAAUAGAGUGCAACAGAAAUACAGAACUUAGAAGGACAGUCAAUACCUGGAAGAUUUUAGUCUUACACGUGUGUGCGGUUUUAAAGGAAUAUUCUGAGACCACAGGAAACUCUUCAUCCCCUUGUUCUUUACCAGUAACAGUAUAUCACAGACCUUUCCAAAUGUUUGUAUAUGUAAUCAGAUGUACAUUUAUAUUAAAAACAAAUUGAGAUGGACUUAAAGAGCACAUCCCUGAUAAAUACUUUCUCUCUUACCUGUAUUAUAUUUCUAUUAGACUAAAGUUAUGUGAUUUUUUUUUACAUUUUUUCAGAUGACUAGCAAUUUUGAUAGUUUGUAAGAUAAUGCAAAGAACUUUCUCUGACAAACUAACUGCAGUAACAGAAGCCUUUCUUUUCAGUUACUCUUUUUCAAGAAUGAAAGAUUAUUAUACAAAAAAAAAAAUUGUAUACUACUUGAUGGAAACAACUUUGUACAUCUUGGCCAUGUCGCUGGCUAUUGCGUGAAAUAAAGAUAAUCUGGAUAAUGACUAUUAGUCCAAUGCUAAGAGACAUGAUCUUUGCUCAUUAAAGAGCUAAAAUGUUUAUUGCUGUUCUGUCUUU